CACUGUUACGAAGAAGCGAUAGCGUGUCAGGCCUACGAGGGUUUGAAUCGUGAUGAGCGUGCGCAUGCGAUGCUGUUGAUUCUGAACGAGUUACUGAGGAUUGGGAAUGUGAACGCGGAGAAGAGACGAAUCAAGUCGUUGAACCAAGAAGCGAUUCUCAGCAAUCAACGCAACGUUAUCGACACGAACGCGAUCGAUUGGCUCUGCGAGGACAUUUACUCGAACACGGUGCACUCGAGAACUGCAAAGUUACUGAUCGCUGAGAAAUUUGAGAAGAUCUACGAGGUGUGUACGCGUUGUAUGUCGACCAAUCGUACAGUCUCAUGCCAAAUCAUCCUACUAGAGAUACUGCCCCGAUUGCUGUCAUUUCAAAACAUACUCGAAGCUGACAACGACAACUACGAGGGUUGUGCCGUCGAGCCGUCAUCUGUGUUCACGUACGUCCUCUCGCUGACCAACAAACACCCGCAGUCCCUGGCCACUCUCGGCUUGUUCAUCCUGGACAAGCCUCAGCAGUUACGUGCUCGAAUCCCACAACUACUCGGUGUUAUUCAACAGAUGUUACAAUCCGCUAUUAAUAAACGAAAAGCAUCGGAUGAGAAUGUGUUCACAUGCCUCACGUUGGUUGUACGUGCACUGGAUGUGAAUAUUGAGAAUGACAUACGUAAUCUGCUACCACUGUUAUUCGCCACGGGGCUGUCGAAAGGUCUGAUCGACGUAACAUACGAGAUAAUGGUGUGCAUUCCAUCGCUGAAGACGGACGUCCAAGAUGGAUUGUUGAAAGAAUUGUGUCAGUUACUGAUGAAUCGCAAACUACCCAACAAACUCGAUCCACCAUCGUCCCCGCCAAUCCCAUCCGGACCCGUUCAAGUGACCAAUGUCGCUGUCACAAAACUUGCACUCGCGGCAUUAGCUAAAUUCGAUUUCCAACGACAUGCACUUCAGAUGUUCAUUAAAUAUAUCGCACACGUUAGUAUAUCUUUAUUGUUAUUGUUAGUGCUGCUGUUGCAUUAUGAUAUAUGCUGUAGUUAUUUGAAGUUGGAAGUGAAUUAG